AUGGAAGGCUUGCUGCCGUUCCUGUACAGGGCCAUCCUCCUCCACUACAUCGACGGCGGCCGGACGCCCACCGGCGACAGCCCCUUCCCCCGCAGCGACUCGCCAUCAACCUCACGGUCCUAUUACGUCCGCCUCGCCGGCAGCGCCGACGACUUUGGCCGGCUCCGGUUCGCCCCCACUUGUCCCGCCAGCAGCGACGCGCUCCUGUGA